GUGUUCAUUUUGUAAGUCAGGUGACGAUUGAAGUUGCCUGUACUAGAAAAACUGUGUUGAAUCACGAGUUGUUACCUGGAUAGCAUAGUAUUCUGGAUCAUUGCAGUCGGUGGCACUUAACUAUCGUUCGCUGAAGGGAAGGUAACUAGAAGAAUGAUGUCGAACUGUGUAUUAGCAGUUUUGUGUCUUGUGGUGACAUUGAUCUGCGUUCAAGCAUCUGAUGUACCUGUUUUUAUUUGGGGCAAACCAUCCGUAACCUAUGUUCCCGCAUUGUCGCAGUAUAAAACUUCAGAGUUUUCGGCGUUGAUUGAAUCGCAGUCAGGAGCAGAUACAUUUACAUUGGUUUUUGUUGAAGAUAGCCUUUCCUCAGAAGAUUUGAGUCAGUGUAAGUUGGGGACUCAAACUUGUUUCCGUAAUCUGGCGAAUUUAAAUCGCAAAUCCUACCUGCCCAACGUGCAAAAUCCAUUGGAUACUUUUGAUGUUGAAGAUAAAAAUGUUCAAAUAGUGAAAGUUUCGGAAGAUGGAACCCUCAGCGAACGGGUUACUCCGAAGGGUGGUGCAGUUGUUAUUUUAAAUCUGCAAGGGGACGAUUUCGCGUCACAUGAUGCGCUUAUUGACAACUUAUAUAAUCGCUUCCGCGCCGAAUUCGAUAAAACUUUAGCUAUCUAUACAGCUAAAACACCUUCAUUUAGCUAUCCUACGUUGAUCCGUCAAAGACGACAGGCCAAACAGGAUACACCACAGCCGGAUAUGAAAACGUUCACCGUUGAGAAUACUUUUAUUAUAGCAUACGAAAAAUUCAGCGCCGGUGCAUCCGACCAGGAUAUCACCGAGGUGUCGUUUAACAAAAUUGACAAAACCGAUUCAAACAGUUCGGAUCCUGGUACUCUUCAGAUAGAGCUCAAUGGCCCCGGUGGAGUAUUGGUUUUCAACUUCUUGCUGUCCCAAGGCUCAUGGCAAAUAGUUGGUGUGAAAUUCGAUAACACAGACUACCAUCUGCGUCAUCGAGUCGACGUUAAUCAACAUUUCUCGUAUCACUGCAAUAGAUUGGAGUAUUUUACGGUUGAUGGGAAAAAACGAAUUCUAUUCGAGGAAGUUCAAUUGCAACCUCACUGGGAAUCAGAGGGUACCGAAAAGUUCACUAGAUUCGGAGAUGCUUGGGACUGCAUCGGUUUCACCUCUCCCGGCAUAUUAACCGGGUUGUUUUUGGUUGCAAUUUUCAUAUUUAUUGGAGCAUACGGUAUUACCUGGAUGAUGGAUAUCCGCACGAUGGACCGUUACGACGAUCCAAAGGGUAAGACGAUCAUCGUGUCUGCAGCUGAGUAGUAGCCAUUUGGGGAAACUAGUAGGAUGGAGCGUACCCGCUGAGAUUUAGUACCACAACUGGUAGACCGCCAAUGAUGUUUUAGCUCGAAGGAGAAAAAAACAGUACUAGCAAAAUAAAUGUUCUGAUAAAA